AACACGUGGAUCCGGGCGCACCGGGGCUGCCUUUGCAAAGCUCUGCUUUGAGUCGCGGCCCGGGAACUGAGAGGGCGGGGUUGUUCUGGAUUUAAUUUUCAUAAUUCACAACCUUCAGCCACAGUGGUUGAAAACUAAAGAUGAACCCUAAGGAAUCGGGUGGAGGCUGCAGUGAGAAAACACAGAGAUUUUUUUUUUUAAGUGAUGAAGAGGAUAGAAGAAUGAAGUGGGAAACCAUCAGUUCUUAAAUACUGGGAUUGCCAUUUGGAAGUACCUUGUCCCUGUGCCUUUGAGAAAAAUGUCCAUGGAUGUAACAUUUCUGGGGACAGGGGCUGCGUAUCCAUCUCCAAUGAGAGGGGCCUCGGCUACGGUAAUCCGUUUUGAAGGAGAAUGCUGGCUGUUUGAUUGUGGCGAGGGAACCCAGACGCAGUUUAUGAAAAGUAAUCUGAAAGCAGGAAAGAUUACCAAGAUUUUUAUAACUCAUCUGCACGGGGACCACUUCUUUGGCCUUCCUGGACUGUUGUGUACAAUCAGCCUGCAGUGUAGUCCAGACGGCAACAAGCUGCCGGUGGAUAUUUAUGGACCCCUUGGGAUAAAGGAUUUUCUCCAGAGAACCAUGGCACUUUCCCGUUCCCAGCUGGUUUUCCCUUACGUGGUCCACGAACUGGUUCCCACACCCAACCAGUGUCCUGAAGAAGAAUGGGAUGAUGUGUUUUCCGGGAAGCGAGAUGAGGACAGCUGUCCAGAGCCACAAGGAGACAUUAUUUGUCUGAAUCCUGCAGACGACUCGUACCUCUUGGUGGAUGGUGGGCAGGUCGUGAUAAAGGCGUUCAGAUUGUUUCACCGUAUACCUUCCUUUGGGUUUCUGGUGGAAGAGAAGCCACGGACCGGCAAACUCAACGCUCAGAAAUUGAAGGAAUUAGGAAUUCCGCCAGGCCCCUUAUAUGGGAAAUUGAAAGAAGGUGUUCCGAUUACUCUGGAAAAUGGGACAACCAUUUCUCCUACGGAUGUCUUAGACAGUCCUUGUCCUGGAAGAAAAAUUUGUAUUUUAGGAGAUUGUUCGGGUGUGGUUGGGGACGGGGUGACGUCGCUUUGCUCUGACGCCGACAUCUUGAUACAUGAAGCCACCCUGGAUGACAGCCAGAUGGACAAAGCCAAAGAACGUGGCCACAGCACGCCCAAAAUGGCCGCCGAGUUUGCUAAGCUGUGCAAAGCGAGGAAGCUGGUGCUAUUUCAUUUUAGUCAAAGAUAUAAGCCCGCGAAUCAGAUAGGGGAAGGAGACGCAGACGUUACCGAGCUGAAAAAGCAAGCGGAGAUAGUUUUGAAUGGACAAGAAGUGGUGCUGUCUGAGGAUUUUAUGACAAUUAGUAUCCCAGUGAAAAAACCAAAAUAGGACCCCUGGACAACAAAAUGGAAAUUAAUUGGCGGAUGUGCAAAAACUCUCCAGCCGUGACUUGUGUUUCAGGUGUUCAUCGUGGAAGGGACCGAAGGAAGUCAGGUUUGAAUUAGGAGGAUGGGCCUCUUUGUAUGAACAUCUGUUCUUUAUUGCGUCCAAUAUUUCUGAUGCAUUUGUAAUGUUGACACGGAUUAAAAGUGCUUUGCGUGCUAGGCUUCUCUCUGCCUUCCUUGUAAGGCAAACUCUCUUGUGUUUUAGCUACUUGGAAUUGAGGACCUCAUGAAUGAAGGCUGCAGGGUUUUUUUAAACGGUUAGAAAUAGAGGUAGUCCUCGACUUACGACCACAAUUGAGCCUAAAAUUUCUGUUGUUAAAGUGAAACAUUUGUUAAGUGAGUUUUGCCUCAUUUUACUGUCUUUCCUGCCAAUAGUUGUUAAGUGAGUAAUUGCGGUUGAUAAAUUAGUAACGUGGUUGUUAAGAGAA